AUGGCUUCGGCCACCCCUCCAGCGUCCGAGGGCCACAUGACCGCCGAACAGGCCGAAAAGUACGAGGACCAUUUCUGGGGCUCUAAUUUGGAGUAUGACGAGAGCAGGCGAGCUACGAAGUACUUCGCUGCACAGCGCGUACAGGACUGGAACGUUCGUGUUCGUGAAUACUUCGCGGACAAGGCUGCGGAGGAAGCCAAUCGAGAGCGCGAGAAGACGGAGAAGGAGACGUGGCAGAAAGAGCUACACAGACUCUAG